AUGACAUCCACUAUACCUUCACCUACAGAUGUUGGUGCAUUAGCCAACAGGAUCAAUUUUGAAACAAGAGACUUCCAUAAUAAGGUCAGUGCCUUUAUGGGGAUCAGACUGGCGCUUGCAUUGAAACAUGGGUUUAUAUACAGAGAAGGGUUAGUCGUGUUCUACCAUAUCUUCAAUACCAUAGAGACAGAGAUAGAUUUGGUUUUAAACAACCAGGACGACUCUCAAAUGAAACUUAUAUUAUCAAGUUUCUAUUUAGACGAGUUUAGAAGGAAGGAUAAGAUUUUGAAAGAUUUGGAGUUAUUGUAUUAUCCAGAAUUUCAAAAUGAUAGGCCACAGUUAUUAGAAUUUAUCAAUUCAGAUCGAUUCACCAAUGAUUCAGAACAAUUGCAAAACUUUGUUAAAUAUAUACAGACGAACGCUACCGAAGAUCCAUGCACUCUACUAGCAUAUUGUCAUGUUUUGUACUUGGCAUUGUUUGCAGGUGGUAAAAUAAUGAAAUCCAAUGUGACGAAACACCUUGGAAUUUUCCCUAAAUUCGAACACUUGUCACACAAAGAGAUCAUUGCCAGGGGUACAAAUUUUUACCAAUUUACAGACUCAACAAAUCCAGAGACCACAGACGUCAAAUUGCGUUGGCUAUACAAAAAAAAUUACGAAUUAUCGACAAGAGAUGAGCUCUUGGAACAACAAAAACUAACGGUAAUCAAAACUUCAAAAGAUGUUUUCGUAAUGUUAGAAAACUGCAUUGCAGAGGUAGGAACAAGAAAUAGAAACGAAUUAAUGAACAUAUUCAGCUACAAGCUGUUUACAUUCAUCGUGGAAGAGUGGAAAUACAAUAGUUCGAUAUCACCAUUCCUAAAGAAAUCUCUAAUGUUCAUUCUCAUUAUAAUCCAGUUCACAUUAGCAUCAGUCCUACUAAACAGAUACAUAUAA